AUGGUUACAAAGACUUAGGCUCCAGCUAAAAAAGAAAUUUCUAAAAAACCAGUGGGAAAGUAAUCAAAAAAAGAUGAGGAUGAAGCAUAUGUAGCAACAAAAUCAGCUAAAGGUAAAUAAAAGAAAGGAGGCGAUGAAAAAAGUGAUGUUAAGAGGCCUUUAUCAGCAUUUUUCCAUUUUUGCGCUGAGAGACGUAUAUCAUUGAAAUAAGAAGAUCCAAGUAUGCCUAUGGGUUAAUAGACGAAAAAAAUGAGUGAAGAGUGGAAAAAUAUGGAUGCAAAGAAAAAAAAGAAAUAUGAGGAUCUAAAUGCAAAAGAUAAGGAAAGAUAUGACAGAGAGGUAGAACAAUCUGGAGGUGGAAAUAAGAAAAAAAAGAAGCCUGCUGAAAAUGGAGAACCAAAAAGACCUGUUAACGCGUAUUUCUUGUAUCAAAAUGACAGAUUAGAAUAACUUAAAAAAGAAUAACCUAAUAAAAGUCAUAAGGAGUGUACUCAAAUACUUUCAAAGGAAUGGGCUGAUUUGGAUAAAGCUAAAAAAGAUAAAUACGAGAAAAGAGCUAAGGAAGGUAAGGAUUAAUAUGAGGUUGAUAAAAAACAAUAUCAAGAAUCUAAAAGUGUAGUGGCAAAUGGUAAUGGAAAAGCAAUUGCAAAAAAGAAAGGCGGUGAUGAGCCUCCAGCGAAGAAAAAUGGUAAUCAUGCUGCUGCCCCUGCUAAAAAAGGAUCUCAACUUGAGAAAUAGCAGCCUUAGAAUAAAAAAGGUAAGAAAUAGGAAUCGGAGGAUGAAGAAGAUGAUGAAGAUGACGAGAAAAAAGAAAGCGGAGAAGAUGAUGAGGAAGACGGUGACGGAGAUGGAGAUGGAGACGAGGAAGAUGAUGAGGAGGACGAAGAAGAGGAAGAGUCUGAUUCUUGA